AUGUCUUAUGCAUCUUCAUCUACCGCUGGAGAUGGGGAUGUGGAAAAGCAAGAUCAACAAGACAGACGAGUUCGCUCCCCGGGCGGAACUCCUCACCGGAGCCAUUUCGAGGGAAGAGUGAACGGAGACAGCAACGGAUAUUCGAACGGUCACCCUGAAAAAGAAGGCGAGUUGAAGGAAUGGCAGUGUUACGAUAAGCUGGGAUAUUCGUUUCCUUGGUAUAAGAAAUGGAGUAUCAUCUCAGUCAUCUUCGCCGUGCAGUUAUCCAUGAAUUGGAAUGCAAGUUUCUACGCCAGCAGUAUCAGCCUCUACGCAAAGCAUUUUAAUGUGUCGGAACAAGCUGCACGUGUCGGUCAAAUGGACUUCCUCAUCGCUUAUGCCUUUGGAUGCGAGUUCUGGGCUCCUUUCAGUGAAGAAUUCGGUCGAUGGCCCAUCAUGCAAAUGAGUUUGUUCUUGGUGAAUAUUUGGCAAAUCCCAUGUGCCCUGGCACCAAAUUUUGGUACCAUUGUUGUCUGUCGCCUGCUGGGUGGCCUUUCCUCGGCGGGUGGGUCAGUGACGCUAGGUAUGGUCGCCGAUAUGUGGGAAGCUGAGGAUCAGCAAUGGGCCGUCGCCUACGUGGUGUUGUCAUCAGUGACAGGGUCAGUGAUUGCGCCCAUCGUGGGUGGCUUUGUUGCGACGUACCUUGAUUGGCACUGGAACUUUUGGCUUCAGCUCAUUCUGGGGGGAUUCGUGCAAAUCCUGCAUUUAUUCGUUCCGGAAACGAGGUGCAGCAUUCUCAUUACCAGAGAAGCGAAGAGGAGACGCGCCGAAGGUGAUAUGGUCUACAGCGGUGACGAGCUAAAGAAGAGCCGCCUGUCUAUUCGGUAUAUUCUGAUGAUUUGGGCUAGACCUUUUAUCAUGUUCAUCCGUGAACCAAUUGUCUUAUGUCUGUCACUGUUCAGCGGUUUCAGUGAUGCUUUGAUCUUCAUCUUCUUGCAGUCUUAUUCUCCAGUAUACAAGCAAUGGGGAUUCAGUACAAGCCAGGUAGGCCUGGCUUUUAUUCCGAUUCUUGUCGGAUAUUUCAUCGCUUAUUUCUCGUUCUUGCCUUGGAUUUUCCACCACAAUAAUAUUCGUGCAAAAGACCCCGAUGGUUUACAGCCAGAAGCUCGUCUAUACUGGUUACUAUGGGUCGCCCCGCUUUUAUCAAUCGGACUCUUCGGGUUUGCAUGGACUAGUCUUGGACCACCGCAUGUGCAUUGGAUUGCACCCAUGAUAUUUUCAUGUCUGAUUGCAAUAGCCAAUUUUUCAAUUUACAUGGCUACUGUCGACUACAUGAUAGCAGCAUAUGGCCCAUAUUCUGCUUCAGCAACUGGAGGAAAUGGUUUCGCUCGAGACUUCCUCGCUGGAGUGGCUGCAAUGUACUCUGUACCAAUGUAUUCGAAUAUGGGUCACAAACAUAAACUCGAAUGGCCAAGUACCCUUCUCGGAUUCUUGGCCAUUAUAUUCACGAUUCCCAUCUACGUUUUUUACUGGUAUGGACCGAGUAUUCGUGAAAAGUGUCCCUUUGCGCAGACAUUGGCUUCCGACCGGAAGAAGGCUGGACGCAGAGUUUCCCAGUGCGGCUCUGGUGAUCCGGACCCUGUGCAACGAUAUUUGGCGGGAGACACUGUGGCCGGAUGA